AUGUAUAAUGAUCAAACAUUUGACAAUGAAUUUGUUAAUUGGAAUAGUCCAUAUAAUGAGUUUAAAGAAACUUAUAGUCCUGAUAAUAGAUAUAACAAUUUAGAUGAUAAUGAAAUAUUUGAUAAAAUUAGUGCUAUGAUAACUGAUAAUGCAUCAUCUAUGGAAAUGGCAUUCCAGCAAUUAGAUAUUACACACCUUGGUUGUACAGCCUAUACGAUUUAUCUUGUAGUCACUAAUGUACAACAAGAAGUUAUGCAAGAAUUAUGUAAAAAAAUUAAAUUUUCUCAACAAAAAAGUGGCAUACCUAUUAUUAAUCAAGUUCUAAUGACAGAUAUGGCUUCUUUCUUUGAUGAUGGUGUUGAACCCUCUUCCUUUUCAUCUGUUGACAUUAAGCUUCAAACAUAUUCAAUUUCAGAAAUUCCUAAAUAUAAUUCAAAAAACCUGCUUUAUGAGAAACAUAACCCUUUGAAGUGGUGGAAUAAACAUAAAAGCACAUUACAUCUUCUUGCAGAACAAGCAUGA